AUGGAUACUUAUGUGACUCUCACCAUACCAGAACAUGAGUACAAUGCACAUGUCAAUCAGCUAGAGAAGAUUGCUACUGAAUAUAUUGUCCCUACUCUGACCCCGACUGACAAUCCAACACAAUUGGCCUAUGUGGAUGUGAAAGAUCUUGGGGCUGAAAGUAGUGAAAAUAUUGAGAUGAAGAACAACUCUGUGAUAAAUGAAUUUAUUUUGCUAGGACUCACCAGUUCUUGGGAGCUUGAGAUUUUCUUUUUUGUGAUCUUCUUCCUUGCCUAUCUAUCAAUCUUGGCUGGUAACUGUCUCAUUAUACUUAUGGUGACUUUUGACUCCCACUUUCGUUCGACCCCCAUGUACUUCCUUCUUGCCAACCUCUCCUUUCUUGACAUAUUUUUUGCCACUGUUACUGUCCCUAAGAUGAUCAUAGACUUCUUGAGGGAGAGAAAAACCAUCUCUUUUGGGGGCUGCAUGGCACAAAUAUUUCUAGCUCAUCUUUUUGGAGGGAGUGAGAUGGCUCUUCUCAUAGUGAUGGCUUUUGACAGAUAUGUUGCAAUAUGUAAGCCCCUCCAGUAUAUGACUAUCAUGAACCAUCGAAUUCUGGUAGGAAGUGUAUUGUUUUCAUGGACGGUUGGUUUUGUGCACACUAUGAGCCAAAUGGCCUUUAUGGUGAGUUUGCCCUUCUGUGGUCCUAAUGUGAUAGAUGAUGUUUUUUGUGACCUUCCCCUGGUGUUGAAACUUGCCUGCACUGACACUUCUGUCCAGGAGCUGCUUGUUGUCGCAUUCAGUGGGCUGCUUUCCCUGAUCUGCUUCAUUAUUUUGCUUGUUUCUUAUAUUGUUGUAUUAGUUACUGUCUGGCAUCGCUCCCAUAGUGGAUUGUCUAAAGCUCUGUCUACACUGUCUGCUCAUAUCACAGUGGUAAUUCUUUUCUUUGGGUCACUAAUCCUUAUCUAUGCUUGGCCAGUUAGUAGUUAUUCAUUAGAUAAAUUUCUUUCAGUGUUUUCCUCAGUCAUCACUCCUCUCUUAAAUCCAAUUAUCUAUAGCUUGAGGAAUCAGGAGAUGAAAGUCGCCAUGAUUCGACUGAGAAGCCGGCAUAUCUGCUCCAAACCAAAGUUCUAA